ACGUUGUUACAACACAAACACACUCACAAACGCCCUCUUUUACUUGCUAUAUAUUAUGUCAAUCAAAAUCCAACAAUGUAACAAAAACUAAAAACACAUACCAAUUCAAGAACAGCCUCUCCAUCCAUCCAUCCAUCCCUUCAUCCAUCUUCAACCCUUGGAUUUCUGAUGGCCGACGGCAGCACCAAAAUUAAGCAAACAAAGGGCCGACAAAAGAUCGAGAUGAAGAAGAUUGAAAACGAAGACGACCGCCUCAUCACCUUCUCCAAGCGCCGCUCCGGCAUCUACAAAAAGGCCAGCGAAUUAGCCACCUUGUGCGGCGCUGAAGUCGGCGUGGUCGUGUUUUCCCCAGCUGGAAAGCCCUUUUCCUUUGCUCAUCCAUGCAUCGAAUCUGUGGCUAACAAAUUCCUUGAUGAAAACCCUCAGCCAAACGACAACACUCACCCGCUUGUCGAAGCUCAUCGACGCCUGAGAAUCAACGAGCUGAACCAGCAACACAAUCAACUUCUGAGCCAGCUGGAUGCAGAGAAGGAGAAAGGUAAGGCGCUUGAGAAGCUGAAGAAGGUGAGAGGCAAUAACGGGCGUGGUUGGUGGGAGUCUCCAACUGAAGAACUGGCAAUUGAGGAAUUGCAACAAGUUGAUGGAUCUCUGGGAGAAUUGUAUCAAAAUGUUUGCCAUGAACUCAAAGAGCGCGGCGUUCUUGGAUCUUCUUCAUACUCAGCUUCAAACACUUUGGGCUUUGAUCAUGCCGGCCGUGAAGAAACAAUUCCUUUCAAUAUCUUAGCAACUGGAGCUGCUGCUGCUUCUGCUGCUGGUCCUUCUUCUGCUACUUAUCUUCCUGAUCCUAAUCCCUUUGAUUAUGGACAACAACCACAACCACAUCUCCCUCAUCACCACCACCACCAUCCAUGAAUGCUUCCUGUUCACCUUCAACUGUGUUCUUCCUUGUCCGUUUGUUUCUCUGUCUUGUCGUGUCUUUCAUGUCUAGGGUUUCGUCUAAGUUCUCUGGUCCCUCUUGUGUUUUUCUGCGUGUCUGUUGUGUGUCCUUUUUUUCUUUUUUUACUUUCAAUCCAGUGAAGAAGGUGGGGAUCAGAUGGUCACUAUGAGUCAAGGGUUUAGUGUGUUUAAGUGUUCUAAGAGGAUGUGUUUAUCAUACAAUUACUAUCUCACAUCCAACUAAGUCCGUGUCUAAGUCUGUGUCUGUUCUUCAGUAUAUUUGUAAUUUACGCUUUGUCCUUCAAUACACAUCUUUACUAUUUAAAUCGUCU